AUGUGGAGUCUGCACGUGGAAUCCCAGCGCGUUUCGAAAGCGAAGGAAAUUCCCUCUAUCUCUCUCUGCAAAGACCCAGCUUCCUCAAAGUACUUAUCGAGUAAAGCCAUCACAGUAAGCGGAGAUACCCGCUCUUACACCGAGCGUAUCAGACCAGGAAUGGUGGGUUGUUGGACUCCACCUGUGGACCUCCCUUUCCGCUCUGAUAAAAACCUGGCUCUCAUACUGAGUCCAAUAUUGCAUGAUAUGCGGGGCAAUCCUGACCAGACGCUCCAGGGGCAACAUACAGUGCGGGGAGAGGACAGCUUCCACUCGGAGCUAUAUCUGCGCUCUGUUUCUACCAUGCGAACUGGCUAG